AUGAUUCUAUUACAUCAUAUCAAUAAUACAUUAUGGUAUGGAUAUUCUAUAAUGAAAAUUUAUUUCUUAUCAGGAUUAUUAAUUAAUUUAAUUAUCAAUUUAUUAUCCAUCAAUUAUUGUAUUGAAAGUACUACAGUGACAACUGGAUCAUGUUUUGCCAAACGUUUAAAUAGUGGUAAUUGUAUUGGAUUAAUGGAAGAGAGUAUAUCACAAUUAGAAUGUUGUAAACGUGGUGGAUUCUAUUUAAAUCGUCAAAUAACUCAACAAGAAUAUUUAACGGAUCAUUUAUUAUUUGAAUCUGGUACACCAAAUUGUGUUCAAGCUUGUAAUGAAGAAUUACCUUCAACAUGUAAAGGAUAUGUAUGUCCUGAAGGACAUUAUUGUCGUAUGAUUAAUAAUGAACCAAAAUGUAAAUGUCGAUUACAAUGUAAUACAGCUGAUUAUUUAACUGGUCCAUUAUGUACAACUAAUUUAAGACGUUUUCAUAAUCAAUGUCAUUUAAAACAAGCACGUUGUAAAUUACCAAAAGAAAGUCUUGAAGUAAUUCCAUGUCCGGAUGAAGGUUUACGAUGUUCCGAUUUAAGUAUAUUAUCAGAAAAAAAUUUCAAUCUUAAUUCAUUAUUUAAAACUUUAUAUAAUGAUUAUGAAGAAGGAAAAGAUGUUUCGUCAUUACCAUCAUCGACUUCAUCAAUCUCAACAACAAAUACAAUAUCAUCAUCAUCAUCAACAACAACAACAACAGAUAAUCAAGACUAUACAAACAAUCUAGAUGAUAAUAUCAUCAUUAUGAAUCGUAGAACAUCAACAGAUCUAAAUACAUAUAUAUCAAAUAUAGAUGAAUCCAUCUUUGAUGAGAAGACAAUUUAUUCUAAUGAUGAAUUAUCUAAAGAAUUAAUAUGUAAUACAAAUGAAUAUUGUUUAUUACGUCAAUUUGAUGGACGUCCAUCAUGUGAAUAUUGGAGUGAACAAUCAUGGAAAACAUUAAAUAAUUGUCCUGAAUCAACAUUUCAUGAACCAAUAUGUAGUACAAAUAAUCAAACAUUUUAUAAUAGUUGUGAUCUUAAAUUAGCUGGAUUAAAAAAUCAAUUAGAAGUAAGAAUAGCAUAUAAAGGAGAAUGUCGAAGUAAAGCUACUUGUUCUAAUAUCCAAUGUCCAAGAGCUGAAAUGAGAUGUAGUCCACAUCAUUUAACUGGUCAACCAAUUUGUAUGGAUUGUGCUAAACUACCAUUAGAUUGUAAUGCAUCAUUUAGAAAUGGACAAGAAACAUUAACUUCAGCAUCGUCAUCCUCAUCAUCAUCUACAGGUAUACUAAAUAAAAGGAAAACACAAGUAUUUGGUGAUCCUGUUUGGAAAACACCAGUUCAAACAUAUGGUUGGCCAGUUGUUUGUGGAUCAAAUGGAAAAACUUAUCGUAAUACUUGUUUUCUUCAUGUUGUCAAUUGUUUAAGUGAUAAAUUUGUUGAAUUAAGAAAACCGGAAUUCUGUAGUGAAACUAUACCAUCAAGACAUAAUGAUUGGAGUAGACAUUUUGGAAAAUGA